CGGCUGUAACAACUACACCACAGUAACUUCGGUCUUUUCCUCCUUUUCCAGCCCUGUGGAUCUGCCUUCUUCAAUUUCAAAAUGGAAAAAGGCCCUGAUGACGAAGAUCGUGGCCGCGAAACAAUAAUUCUCGGGCCCCAGCCGGUUGACUCCCCAUUGUCCGAUGCAUCCCCAGCCCCUCUGGCAUAUACCUAUCCGGAAGGAGGACGCAGAGCUUGGUUAGCAGUUGCGGGUGCCUGGUGUUGCAACUUUUGUUCCUUUGGCUGGACUAGCAGCAUUGGCGUUUUCCAAGCCUAUCAUUCAGAGCACCAGCUCUCCUCAUAUUCAUCUUCUGCGGUGUCUUGGAUUCCUUCAGCUAAUCUUUUUAUGUUGAUUGUCCUCGCUCCUGUGUUUGGAAAGAUAUUCGACAACUAUGGGCCCCGUUACGCUGUGAUAUUAGGCGCCUGCGCUCACAUUCUGGGCCUGGUGUUCCUAAGCUUGAGCACGGAAUAUUACCAAAUGUUCCUCUCACAGAGUAUUCUAUCCGGAAUUGGUGCCUGCUCGCUAUUUUAUUCUGGAAUGAACGCAGUUAGUACGUACUUCAAACGAAGAAAGGCUCUCGCUAUUGGUAUUGUGGCUAGCGGCUCAUCGCUGGGCGGCGUUAUCCUACCAACCAUGUUCGACUACCUGAUAGCCGAUGGAGUGAGCUUCGGUUGGACAAUUCGUGCUAUCGCAUUGACGUUUCUUAUCCUCCUCUUGUUCGCUAGCAUCGCCACCACCUCGAAUCUCAAGCAUCAGCCGACGCCAGUGUCUUUGCGGUCCUUCGUGCGCCCGUUUAGGGAGGUCAAAUUCGUCCUUCUGGGAAUGUCAUUAGUCUUCUCAAACUACCAGCUUAUCGCACUAAAUGCCGCGAGCGUUCUGGCUCGUGUCGGAUGUGGUUUCAUCGGAGACCGAUAUGGCUGCUUCAACACGAUCAUCGUCAACGUCGCAAUUGUCAUUGUUUCAAUAUUCGUGCUUUGGUUUAUUGAUACCCUUGGAACGACUAUGGCAUUCAGUAUCGUAUUUGGAUGGGGGUCUGGCUCUUUUAUCUCUUUACUUCCUGCCUGUAUUGCGAAGAUUUCAGACAUCCGGGAGAUAGGUGUCCGAGUGGGCAUGAUCUACUUCGUUUCGGCCUUUGCCUGUCUAACAGGUAACCCAAUUGGUGGUGCUUUGAUUCAAGGAACCAACUAUCGGUGGAUGCAAGUCUUUGCGGUACUCGUGAUCUUCGUGGGCAUUGCAUUCUUCGUUGCUCGGCGAAUGGCACAAAGUCGUACGUUGAUGAAGGUUGUGUGAGCAAUCAUGAUUCGGUACUAUUUGGGAGAAUAGGAUCACAGCAGUUACACUGCAAGGCAGGAAAAUGGGGGAGAAAGGGGAUUAUAGACGGCAUAGAAUGUAUGCCAGGUAGUAGGUACCUCUAUGUAAUAUAGUACUUGCUGACAUAUAGUUACUAAGACAUCAUUAGUGAUUUCUUUCCAUUUCGCACAAGGGUCAGCUAUGUUGAGGCGCGUGAUUACUAGCAAAGCAAC